UACACUACCUAGUUUUAAUGCCUAUCAUAUUUAUUGUAAUUAGAAAAUUAGGGGUUGUAAGGUAACGAUAUCGAUUAUAAACUUGUAGUUUAUUAUCUAUGUUUUAAAUAAUAUAGUUAGAACAGUUCUGCGUUAAUAGUUUUCGGCAUUAUGGGUCCUCCACCCGUUGUUACUGGUAUAUCUCCAAAGGAGGGCCCUCCUGGAACUAAAGUGACAAUUAGAGGGGAGUUCCUCGGUACCAGCCCUACGGAUUUAUUUGGUCUUAAGAUUUGUGGGUGUGAUUGCCUGCUCUCAGCAGAAUGGAAGAGCAAGAACAAAAUAGUAGCCAGGUCUGGUCCAUGCAAAGGGCGUGGGGACAUAAUUGUCACUACCAAGUCCGGGGGUGAAGGAACAUCUACUGUACAAUUUAGAGGAUACCAUGAAUCAAUAGGGCCAGUAAAAGAGAGUGCAGUGUGGGUCGAAGAAGCUGCUCCACCGUCAUUGCCAUGGGGCCGGCGACCUAUGUCACCCACUGCAUAUACUCCACCUGAUCCCCUUGGUCUCUCUACUGAAGGGGACGAUUGUAAAUUCCCCGAGGAAGAGCUGAAUGAAUUAUUUCCGGAUGGCUCUGGAAAUUUGUCUGAUGAAAAUUUUCAACCAGGCUGGUAUCUUUUGGAACAUCACAGUAACACUUCUUUCGAGGAUUUGAAAGCUGGAAUGGUGUUUUUACAAAGAAAGGUUGAAGGUCAAAAAGAAGGACAACUUAGCUUUCUAAAAGCAAACACUGGCGCUGUAAUGGAUCAGUUAGACAGACUGGUGCUACUCAAGAACAUGUAUGAAGAAGACCAGAGGAAAAAUGGAAAAGAACCGUUACCAAGCUUACAGGCUGCUAUCGAAGAAUCUAUAUCUCUCGCGGAUUCCUUAUUUUCUGAGAUUCUAUCCCGGAAAGAGAACGCCGAUAAAACAAGGGAGGCGCUUUCCCUGCUCACGCGCCACAAAUUUCUUUUCCAACUACCCGCGUCCAUAGACAAGAAUAUCCGCAAGAAGGAGUACGACUUAGUUGUCAAUGAUUACAGCCGUGUGAAGAAUCUCUUUGGGAAUACUGAUGUUAAGCUUUUCCAAAAAAUCCUUGAUGAGAUUGAUAAAAAAAUUGAAGAUUUAAAGGAAAAUUUACACACAAGAAUGAAAACGAUGCCAGUGAAUGUCCAGGAGCAAACAAAAUAUAUAAGGUUACUUAAUAGCUUGAACUGGGAAGGUGACGCGGCGUGGAUCGCAAUUACAACUCGCAAGGAAUACCUGAUAAGUCUGCUGAAUAAAGUGAAGGAUCAUUUCAAACAGAAAGAGGACCAAGAGUCUGGUGAGAAAGGUAGACGUAAAGCCAAAGAGCCUGAAGGCGAAGGCUCUUGGAGCGUCGUUCGAUCUGCGUGGUGUGCGGCCGCUUGCGGAGCCCUGUCUGCUGAACUGCAUGCUCUGUGGCCUUUGGCCAGACGAUACUUCGCUGGGGAGCUGGCGGGGCAACCUUCUGAUCCGCAACGGCAUUCUGAUCUGAAGGAAAUGAUAAUAGCUGCCGUGCAGUUGUUCUCGGAACAUAUGCGUUCGUGUUUACUGUCGGGCGGAGUGCCGCCCAGUGCGGAUGUGUUGCGUACUCGCCUCGUCGCAAACCUGCGCAGUCUACGUGAAGCGUAUGAGUCAUUGCUCAAACUUGACCUGCCUUCACAGCCUUUGAGCAUAGUGGAAAAGGUGAUAUUCGACUACCGCGUGCACGGUAUGACGGUGUUCCUGCAGCGAGCGCACAAACGCGUAAAGGGGCUUGCGGACAAGGAGGCGUGGAAGAUACAAGAGUACACCGAUUACGGUGCUAUUACUAAUCUUCCACAUCUCCUAGAAACGUAUCUAAAUGACGCGCUAUCGUCGAUACACAAAUGCGUGUUCGCAAGCGGCAGGCGAGAAACACAGCUGUUGGGUGAGGGCAGCGAACCGCUGGCCAUACUUCAGAAACACACGCAGCAGAUACUGCUGGCGUUUGAGCGCGUGCUUGAAGACCUGGCGUUACAGCAAGAUGAACAGAAUUUCAACAACACCAGCCUCUCGGUAGCAUUAGACCAGCCGUUGGAAGAGCCGAAUCGUACACUGGGUGACGGGAAAGUACGGUCGUCACAACAGAGGUUGUUGAUCGCUGCCAGCAAUGCGCAGUAUACGCGUCGCGUUACUUUACCGGUCGUCGCUACUUCGUUUAACAAUUUCGAAUUCCCAAAGCCGGUGCUAGCAUUGCAAACCACCAAAGAAGCUCUGAGCAACCUCGAGUCUAGAAUAGCUGAGACUUAUUUGGAGCUUAAGGGAGACCCACUUGUGGGUACGAUCGAGCCCAGCAUGUACAUGGGUAGGCAUGAAAUAGAUGCAGACGCGAUCGUCGACGAUGCACGUCCUUAUGUUUACGAGAUCAUAAACAACCUUAUUGCAGUACAUGCCGAGGUAGAUAGUAUCUGUGGCGCGUCCUGUUCUCGUUACGUGCGCGACAUAAGCGAGACCGUGUGCGAAGAGGUCUCCCGGCUAUGGGCCGGUGCCAAGCCCACUUCGCGCGCUGCCGUCUUCCGUGCACGACUCGAAACAACACUACUGAGAAUGGCAUGCGCUUCGCAUCUUACUAUGAAAGCUGACGAUUAUCUUGUCAAAACGUUAGAAGCGUUAGAUCUACUAGAAAAUGAAGAAGAGAAAAAGCGCAUGGAAAUAAUCAUUCAAAAUAUUAAAAAGCGAAUGGAGUUGCAACUCUCAAGUCUUAAUAGCUGCAAUAUAGAGACUAUUUAAAAUAUUCUGUACUCUUUAUCUCGUCUAAGGCUAAGCACACCACGAUUAAACUUUUUGCGGUAUGAUUAUAAAAUCACGAUUUAGUCCGUGGCUAGUUACAAGCAUACCGACAAAUAAGUGCCGCCAAGUGAUGCAGCGCUCCGCUGCGAUGACUCGAAGAAACCGAUUAGGGGUAUAGUUUAUAACGGCACACCUCCAAAAAUUUAGCCCGCCACCAUCUUAGGCUGAACUUACCAUCAGGUAAGAUUGCAGUCAAGGCCUCACUUAAAUUGGAAUUUUAAAAAAAGUAAGUAAACUAACACGCCUCAGUGUUUUAAAUAAUGUACUCAAAGACUUGUUCAGUCUACCAGCCAGUUUGGUGGAUCACGGACUCUUUAGUCGCAAACGCUCUUAUUUCUAUUGAAAUUCAUAUUAUUGCGAUAAAAAUAUCACAAAAUUGAAAACCGCAGUACACUAGCGGUAAAAGCUAGUAGUAUUAACUUUCUGUAUUUUUAAGUUUCUGUAAUUUUUAAUGGAGUUCUACUUCAUACUGGCGGAAAACAUUCGCUUGAAUGAAUCUGUACUGUACCGCGUGAAGCUUGUAUCCAACUCGCGAAUUUUAUAAUCGCAAGUGCGUGUAACAUCUGCAAGUGCGUGUGUGUACUAUUUAUUGCGUGUAAAAGAAUUGCGAAAAAUAAUCGCACGGAGUUUUUUCGCAGCGAGUUCUAGCACAAAGUGAGGUCCGCGUAGAGCUAUUUUGUAUGCAAUACAUAAUAAUAAAAAUAAAAUGAAAUCAUUUCAUUCAUGCUUUCGUAAGAUAAGCGACUGAUUUGUAUUAUGAUAUUAAAUAACAAUUAAAGUAUUUAAAUCACGUUAUUAUUUUAAAAUAUAAAUUAUAUAA